GCUGUUUGGACUCCCAUUUACUGCAGAGGAUCCAUUGGUGAAAACACGUAUGAAAAAUGAAUAUAAUGUUAAAUUUAUCUGACACUACUGCAGUAAAGAAACAAGCUCAUCUACAUCUUGAGGGUGAGGAAAUUAAGAUUUAGUUUUUGAGUGAACAACUUCUUUUUACUGAACACUGAAAAAAAAUCAGAUGAAUGUAUCUGAGGUGAAGUCCCAGCAUGUCUUGAAAGCAGUAAAUGUUACAAUGAAAUCAUGACUGCUGGCACUGGCUUGAUACGUAAGGUAUGCUUUGCUGUGUACACCUUUAGUGUAGUGUUUGACAUUAUUUUUGUCAUUUUAUUGUAAAUACUGUAGCUGUGUUGCAUCUGUAAUUACCACAGGAUAACUGGAACAGUCUAGUUUAGUUAAGAGUUUGAUAUUUUCAUUUAAAGUAGUUCAAGAGGACACUAUCAAUAUUGCACUGUUAUGCAUUGGUGUCAUUAAAUGUUAUGGUAUGAAGUUUUGUUUGGCCAUCCUUUUAAUCAAAACUGUGUUGCGUUGAUUGAAUAAACAGCCAAAUAAUAACUUUUCAUGCCAUCAUAGUGGACAGAAUUAGUGAAGCAUUUGCUCUGAUAAAGACAGCUAUAUUACAAAUAUCGAUACGCUCGCAGUGGAUAUAUUUUUUUAUUAUUUUAAAUAGUUUACCUUCCUGUGCAUAACUCGGCACAAUUACUGGAUUUGAACUCUUAAAAGCAAUGUUUACCACUUUAUCCUAGAUUUUGUUUGUCAGUAGGGGGCGAUCUUACAAAGCCAGCUCUGUAACAAUGACUUAGCAAAACGAAACAAAUUAUUUAAAAACUGGAUAUAUGUAGGAAUAGCAUGUUAAUGACAUUACAGACGUUCAUUAAAAAAAGAGAAAGGUAGCUGUUUCGCGGAAUGAGCCAUAAGCUGUAACUAAAAACAGGUGUUACAUCUGGCAGGUCACAGCAAAACAAGAGUCCGCGUGCGUGGAGUUCAGUUUGUGGCGGAGCUCGGUCUUAAAGAAGCCUGCAACCCACUCGCUUUUGGAGCAGAAAGAACAUUUUUGAUUAAAAAUCAACAAUGGACAAAACGCAUCCAGGAAGCAAAUCAAGACCCUUUCCUGUAACUACAUUAUUCAAACAGGAGCCUCAGACAUCUGAAAACAUGCAGGUGACAUACAGAAUUCCAGCUCUCAUCUAUAUCAGUGACAACCGUGCAUUUCUUGCUUGCGAAAAGCGGAGAACUGCAAAUGACACGGAUGCAGAUGUCCUUGUGAUGAGAAAAGGAAUAUGGAAGGAUGGUGAGGUUGAGUGGGAUAGUAGUCACGAGUUGCUCAGUUCUGCCUGUCAACCAAACCGCCGCAGCAUGAAUCCGUGUCCAGUCUAUGAGAAGGAAUCCAAGACCCUUUUUCUGUUUUUCAUCACUGUUCCUGUUGGGGUCUCUGAACACAAACAAAUACAAAACAAUAAGAAUCAGGCGCGACUUUGUUACUUAACCAGUGAGGACGCCGGCAAAACCUGGAGCGACAUUACAGACCUGACAGAAGAUGUGAUCGGUGAGCAGGAGAAGGACUGGGCCACCUUUGCUGUCGGUCCAGGACACGGCGUUCAGAUGAAGGGCGGUAGACUGAUUAUCCCAGCAUACGUGUAUCCUUGUCACUCACUCAACUGUGAACCCACGUCACGUGCAUUUACUUUCUACAGUGACGAUAAAGGAAGUACUUGGCAUUUAGGAAAGCGCGUGGACGGCGAGUCUAACGAGUGUCAGAUGGCUGAAAUCAUUGACGACAAAGGCAACGGCAAACUUUACUGCAAUGCCCGAAGUGUAUCAGGCCACAGGGUCGAGGCUCUAAGCGAGAAUAACGGAGAUGCUUUCGAAAAGCUUUCGUCUGCACGUAAGCUGACAGAGACCGGACAUGGCUGCCAAGGAAGCGUAUUGAGUUUUGCACCUGAUCGAGCGACUGGAAGAACAUGGCUACUCUAUUGCCAUCCAACCCACCCAAGCAAGAGAACGCACCUUGCUGUCUGCUUGAAUAAAUCCCCGUGGGAUGCCUCAGGAUGGGAGGACCGUAAACUGAUCAUCUACGAUGGUCCGAGUGGAUAUUCGGAUCUGGCUCACUGUGGAGAUGGAGAAUACUUUGCCUGUCUCAUGGAAUGCGGAGGGAUAAAGGAGGUUGAAGGGAUAGGCUUCGUCCUUUUUAAACUCGGUGAUGUCAUUUAGGGUGGCGAACGAGACGAGAAUACUAGGAUCAUACGCUACAAGUCAAAAGAUUUUUUUUUAAUUCAGCAAGCACUGAUCAGGAAAUCAAGGUUCUGUUCAUUAAAUAAUCCUACCAGAAGUAACACCGUUUCCAUUAAAAAAAAAAAAAAAAAUUUUCUUAAAAA